UUUAUGUUGAACCUUUCCAUCAGAUGAGCCAAGAAGGAGAGUAGCUUUUCCUUUGACGCUUUCAACGACAGGGUUUGAGAGAAAAGCAGGGAACAUGUCAUUAAAGAGAGAGGUUACAGAGAAAAAAGGGAAGUCAUCUGAAUAGACAUAGUUGAAAGUGGAUGUAGCCACUUUAAUCCUGGGAUGAACUGCGAGAAACGACGGGUCACUAAUAAAAGGCGCGUGCGAAGGCAGAGAGCGUGGCAUCGUGAAGAGUACUGCAACAGUCAAGGAGUCAGCGUGGUCUCCCUGUCUCUCUCUCUCUCUUCCUCUUACUUCAAAGGCUGAGUUUUGGAGAAAUUCAAAGUGAAGAAAGACCGCUGAGGCUGACGAAGAAGAAGAAGAAGAACCAGAAGGCGAAGAUGCCAUUGGCCCAGUCCAGUAUAGUCAAAGUCACUUCCUUCCUCUGACCUCCGUCUCCUUAGGGUUCCUUUCUCCAUUUUUCUCGGCUUUUUCUCGGAGCCUUUGUACUUGUUUUCGCCCGCAUUGUUCAAAAGGAGCCAACUCGUGUCCCCGUUUCAAACCCGCCAUUUGGAAAACUCAUCCGCCAGUGGAGGUGUGGGUCAGGGGGUUGUGAAGGGAGGGUUGGUCUCUACUCGUUUCGCUAUUUGGUUGAGGAGGACCUGAAUCAUGCAGACACCACAAGCACGAACCAAUUCUCAGGAAGUUCCUCAAAGGAAAUCGCCUGGAACACCUCGAACUUCACGCCAGCUCAAGAUUCCAGGAUCUGAUUUGGAGAAAAUUUCGUCCUCCCCAAAUGCCACCGCAAGGACUCCUAAAGACAAAAGUCCUAAAGUUGGUGUGCGCAAGUCGCCUCGAAGUUCGGUAUCAACUGAGAAGAAACGCCUGAGCAGAGCAUCUGAAUUGGAAUCACAGAUCGUUCAACUCCAAGAAGAUCUGAAGAAAGCAAAGAACCAAUUGGACUCAUCUGAAUUGGCGAAGAGGCAAGCCCAGCAGGAAGCUGAAGAGGCCAGGAAGCAGCUCUCGGCCAUGUCAAGGACACUCGAGGAGUCGCAAGAACAGCUCUCCGAGAUUUCGGCUUCUGAGGAAGCCCGGGUUCAAGAUCUGCUUAAAAUUUCCCAAGAGCGUGAUAAAUCCUGGCAGUCUGAACUCGAGGCCAUCCAAAAGCAAUACUCUUUGGAUUCGGCUGCAUUAGCUUCAGCCAUGAAUGAGAUAAAGAAGCUCAAAGCACACCUAGAGAUGGUGGCUGAAUCUGAAGCUACCCAAACUAAGCAUGCAGAAUCAGCACAUCAUGAGAUCCAGCGUAUGAGGAUGGAACUUUCAGAAACCCUAGCCCUCGUUGAAAACCUGAGGAUCGAGCUUACUAACUGCAGAGAGUCGGAAGCUCAGGCUCUAGAAGUCGUAAACAAUACUCAGAAGCAAUUGGAAGCGGCAAAUGUCACUGUUGAGAUAUUUCGUUCAGAGAGCAUGAAAGCCAAGGAGGCUUAUAGCUCUCUAUUUGAUGAGCUAGAACAGUCGAAAUCUCGAGAAAAGUCUUUGGAUGAUCUAGUGAAGAAACUCCAAGCAGAUCAUAGUGGCAGCAACAAUUGUCAAGCUAAUUCCACAAGCGAUGUGAACCUCCCACCCGGAGUUAGCACAGAUGAAGACAUAAACAAACUCAAAGCAGAGCUUAAUUCCGCAAAACUUGAGGUAAUUCAGUUAAAGUCGGCUCUGGGUACUGCUGAGACCAGGUAUCAAGACGAGUAUAUCCAGAGCACAUUGCAAAUCAGAAGUGCUUAUGAAACUGCCGAAAAUAUAAAACGAGAGUCCUUCCAGAGGCAGGCUAUACUGGAGGGCGAAUUAGAGGCGGCCAAGAGUCUUAUUGAAGAACUGACUGCAAAAUCAAAGGAAAAGGAAGCAGAAUUCCAGACUGUCUUGGAUGAGAAUCAGAAACUAAGUGUGAAGAAGGAGAACAACCAGGACAGUGCAAGAGAAUAUGAACUCAAGAUGGAGUUGAGCAAGUCUCAGGUGGAUUUGGAAGGGUUGAAAGAGAAUUUGUUGGAAAAAACAAGAGAGAUGCAGAAUUUAGCCGAGGAAAACAAAAGGCUCAGGCAUGAAAUAAAUGAGAGGGACGUGGACAAGAGCAAAGCAAGUGAUGAGGCAGUGGCUUUAGUGGAAGCUGCACGGACCACGGAGCGAGAGGCUUUGAUGAAACUGGGAUAUCUGACGGAGGAGGCCGAUAAAAGCAGUAGGAGAGCGGCUCGGGUCACUGAGCAGCUCGAUGCAGCUCAAGCUGUGAACUUGGAAAUGGAGGCCGAGUUGAGGAGGCUGAAGGUGCAAUCUGACCAGUGGAGGAAAGCAGCCGAGGCUGCCGCCGCCAUGCUUUCUUCUGGGAACAACGGGAAGUUUGUCGAAAGACCAAGCUCCCUUGACAAUUACCAUAAUCUUGGUUCACCUUAUUUCGAAGACACGGAUGAUGAAUCUCCCAAGAAGAAAAAUGGAAACGUGCUGAAGAAAAUCGGUGUCUUGUGGAAAAAGGGGAAUAAGUAGAUGGAGUAACAGGUGGGCAAGCCGAUCUUUCUUUCUUCCAGUACUUUUUUGGUUGUUAAAGAUGACUCUUUUAUCCAUUCUAAGGAGCUUCCUUAUGAUUCGCCUAUUCUGCCAUCCUCGUUAAAUCCUUGGGAGUUCUCGGGGGACGAGUCCGUUGUUGGGUGUAUCUUUAUAAUAUGGGUAAAGUUUAGGCUUGAAUACAUGCAAAAAUAUGUGCAGGUAAUGUAAAAACUCAGGCCUUUUUCGGCUUAGAAUUAUCUGCGGUGCCUUGGAUGAAGCGCUCCGCUUCCUUAACUGCAAAGAGAUGCUAAGUUUGCCCGACAAUCUGCAGAAUUUAAUGUAAUGAUUCUGCAACGAUGUAGAAGUCGGUUGCGGAAUGUUCUCAUUCUAGCUUUGGAAACCGAAACUGGUUACCUAAGAUUCGUGAGGAUCUUUAUGCAUGUUAUCUUUUCAAUCUGUUGAAUCAAUGUCUUCUGGUCA